CAACCGUUGGCUUUUUUUCAGUAUGAAACGUGUGUUUGUGUCGUGUAUAGCAGUCGUGCUGCAUAACUGCUCGCUCUGUAUAUUUUGAUAUUGACCUUAAGCAAUGAUGAAGUGUCCGUCAGAAUAAGAAGUGGCAACAAACGGAUUUCCAUGGGUUGGGCCCAGCAGGACCUCCACCUUCAGGAAAGAAACUGGCAAAAAUAAAGAGCGAAAAUGAAAAGGGCAUGAGAUCACCGGCGUCACCAUCACCCCCUUCACUAGCACAACAGUGCGCCUGAGUCGACAGCACCACGUGAUUCCAUCUCUCCCUUAUUGUCCCCUCACUCUCUUAUCGCGAUCUGUGUAUUCUGGAUCUUUAUCUUGUUGCACUCUGCCUCCUUGUUCGUUCGGUUAUCCAAUAACGAAAUUUUUCUGUGAUAAGUGAACCCACACAGUUACCUUAUUUACACAAAGUACCCAUGUUUAAUCAAUGCCAUUUUUUAUCUGUCAUUAUAAUAUGAUGAAGUUGAAAUGUGUUACUCGAGACUAGAUCCCUUUGAUUACCAUGACAUUACUGUGAAUAGUGUGAUCCGUAGGAAGUGUACGCAUACAUAAGCAUAGCUCGGAAGAUAUUUAGCCAUUUGUAAUGUUACUGCAGAAAUAUAUGUCACUAAAAAAAGCUACCCAACCUAUCUAUAGAUGCGUAAUCAACGAGUGAAAUUUUUGCAUUUAGAAAGUGUGUGGCAGUGUAUCUUGUUCAAUGGCGGAGAAUCGCUAGUAUUCUUUAGUGGUUGUUAAAGAAUCUAAUACUCACAACAACACGCAUUUCCAGGCUUUCUUUAGUUUGCCUAAAAGUGAACCAAAGUUAUGAAGUGCCUUUGAAUGUGCCUUUUAAAGUCGCUUAAGUUCUGGGAACAUCAGGCUUUUGUUAUAUCAUAGUUAUAUUUUUCUCAUGUUGAGAUUAUUCCUCGCCUCUUCUUUGGAGUGAAGUUUUCAAGUGGAGUAAAAAAUUGAAGAAAAUUUCGUUGGUUAAUAUUUGGUAUACUAUUCGUUUCGCUCUGUGCCUUCAUUUGGCAUUCCAAAAAGGGAAACCGAAAACAGGAAGACCUCCUACGCCUACACCUUCAUGCAAGUAAGUCACUUGAAUCAAGAAAUUAAGGCAGAAAUCAAAAUACCGAAAGGAAAUAAAAGUGUUUUUUUAUGCCAAAGUGUACAACAGCAGAUAUCCGUCAAUUCUGAGUAGAAGCAAAAUACCCGUUAUGAAUGCCACUAUAUAAGAAGUCCUAUAUAAGAAAACAGGAAUAUAUUAAAAAGUUGUUAACCAGAAACAGAGUUCUGGAAUAGUGUGAGAAGAGACCGAAAGAAAAAAAGGUCACUUAUUGUUGCCUCUAAGAGACAACCUUUGAGAGUCUCACCACGUGUGAAAGGAAAUUAUCCUACCUGAAAGAACAUUAUAAAAAUAAAUAAAUAAAUAAAAACCACCGCCAGUCUGGAUAAGCUAACGAUCAAAAUGUCGACACCUCCCAAGGAUUACCGGCGAGAAAUUGAUGCUGUUUACCCGGAGCCGUUGUCGAGGCUCAACCGAAUUGUCGAGCCCCAUCCACAUGCCUACAAGAGGGCCAUCAAGAAGAAGAUGAACAGGACUGGUCGCUUCAGGACCACCCCAGUCACCUUUGAUGAAAUCAAGGAAGUGGACGAGGAGAACGAGGUGGGUACUGGCGAGGUAACCGAAGAAAGUGCAGCAGCGGCCACCAAGUCCGAGCACGACCUCCGUCAGCAGUUCGAGAGAUUCCUGGAGAGGAUGGACCGUCGCAGAGCUCACCCGCCCAAGACAAUAUUGGAGGGCGUCGACACACUUGCCAGGGAGGCUCCAACUUGCACGAUGGCAGACGACGAAUUCCCCAAAAACUACACUCGAAAGUCGCGUCCUUCCAUAUGAUGGCUCUGUAUUCCACUGACGUCACUCCUGUAUAUACUGUACACUUGUUUUUUUCAUACAAAUGUAUUCAUCUUUUAUAAAGGGCGAGCGAGAGGCUCUCCAUGGCUUUCGUCUCCGUCUUACGAAAGAAAAAUGAAACUAAAUCGACUCAAUUCCUUGUUGUGUAGUUCUUGUAGAGGGGCUGUCGGCAACAUUUAUGAUAUAAUUGUUAAUAAAGCACAUAUUUUUCAUCUUAGGCCGACGUCUACUCUUUCAAGGAUCAUCAAACAGACAAGUAUGAAUCAAAUUAGAGUAGGAGAUGCACUUGUAACGAAAUAAACUUGAAUGUAUGUCGUUUUUGUUUUUUGUAAGAUUUAGAUUUUCUUUCUUUUAGAUUUUCAAUGAAUAUAUAUCACUACCAUUUCAGUUUGUGCAUAUGCAUCUUAUGGACGGUCGCUCCUUGAUAAAACUAUUAAGAGGCUUGUUGAUAGGAUCUACUAUAUCUACUGUGGGAGCCAGUGCUCCAGUCUUAUAAUCUUAUUGUUACAGACCGUCCAAUCGACGAAGAACGUUUGUUUACGCGAAGUUCAUGAUUAUUUGAAGCAAGAAUCUCCCUUCGCCCACUUUCUGAAAGUCUUAUUCUGGAAUCCUCCUUUUUCAAGUUCUUAAAAUUCUGUCAUAUCCUCGACAAAAGUUUUCCUUUCUCCUAAGUUCGUAAAAUAUGGAAAUACAACUUGUCAUAUUGAUGAUAACUUGAAGUUAGAAACCUCCUUGCCAAAUUCUUAAAAAUAUGUAACAGAAAUCCACAGAUCACGUCUUAUUCGGAGAGGAAUUAACCUUUGAAAAAUCUUGGUCUGAUGUACCCAAUGAAGUUCUUGAAACCGCUGUAGCAAUCCAAUUCUAACAAGUUC